AUUUAAUAUUCAAAUCAAAAAAGACACUGCUUAUCUGCCUUCUGUUUUCCUCCACAGUUUUAUGCCGAACGGCGAAUGAAUUUUUGUUCCCGCUUGUCACUUUAGCGGUACUUCCGAUCUGUCGGAAAAAGAAACAAAAAGGCGGGGGUGCUUUCAAAAGAACAUUCGAUGACUUCCUUGAAGAAUCACAUCCUCACACUUUAACUUUCUCCACUUCCAUCAAGCUAUAUCGAUUGACAAACACAAUGGUGGUCACAUUAUUCAACUUAGAGAACUCAAGAGCAUUCCGUGUGCAUUGGUUAGCAUGCGAAUUGGACAUCCCAAUCCAAUCACGCAAUUACGAACGUAUGGGAGGCAAGAAAGCCGUUCCUGAAAUGGCAAAAGAUUCCGGUUACAAAUUAGGCAAAUCACCAUGUAUACAAGAUGGAGAUAUACAAGUUGUAGAAAGUGCAAAUUGUAUGUUGUACCUCGUUGAACGAUAUGGACCAGAAAGUGGUUUUAUUCCUUCUCCACCUAAUUUUGCACAACGAACAAAAGUGAUUGGUUGGAUGGAUUUUGCUGAAACGAUUAUGACACAUGCGUUAGCCAUAAUUUAUGCACAAUGGUUUGCAGAAGAUCAAAAAGAGGCGGUUAAGAACAUUACUGAAAAAGCAAGUGCUAAUGUUCAAAAAGAUUUAGAUGAAAUCGAAAGUGCUUUAGAGAGUACUGGAGGACCUUUUGUUUGUGGAAGUCAAAUUACCGCUGCUGAUCUUGCUUUGGCUUUUAGCUGUGAAUAUGUUCUAAGCAAGGAAGUCGGUACUAAAGGUCAUCCAACCAAUUGGCCAAAGAUUCAUCAAUGGCUUCGCACUCUGGAAGCAAGACCUGCUUAUCAAAAAGCAUUGAAAGAAGGACCCAAAUACGACUUUUGCUUCCUCAAGAAUGAAGGCAAACUUUGAUUUGUAGUUAAAGGCAUCAUUCAAUCUUAUUAUCUGAGAAUUUUUGAC